CGACCUCCAUCUCCACUCCAUCGUCUUGCCCGCCCUGACGCCAAGAUGAGCUUCAUUACCAAGCGCGGUCUCUCGACCCUCAUCCCCCCCAAGAUUGCCUCGCCCAGUGCUAUCGGUUCUUCCCCCAAUGCCGUCCGCAUGCAAAAGGUGGUCAACUUCUACGAGAAGCUUCCCCGUGGCCCAGCUCCCGAGCCCGAGGCCAAGGGCCUCCUUGGACGCUACCAGAAGAAGUACAUGGGCAAGAACCCAUCAGGAAGGCCGCUCGUGCACGUUAUUGGCUUCCUGAUUGCGCUUGGCUACGCCCAGAACUACUACUUCCAUCUCCGCCACCACAAGAACAACGAGCACUAGACGCUCGUUUGAAUGCGCUGUAUGAUCACGAGUGGAUAGGCAGCACGUGUAUAUGUAAAGUGUAGAUGGAAUCAAGCACUCUACCAAGACACCUUGUCUGAUUAUUGCAUUUUCCAUGUUUUCCGUUUGAGUUCGCACAAGGACCUGCGCAGCCCCGGACACUCCUC